AUGGAUUGCCGAUACCUUGACAUAUUAUCAAUUUUGGUAAACAUCAUCGCUUCUUUCGUGUCAGGUGUGAACUUCGGACCUCAAUUCUUCCAUCAGAAAAACUAUGGGACGGUUGUAUUCAUUCAUGGUCUCGACUCUCCCGACUCAUCUCACGGACACAAAUGGCAAGGAACAUUCUUAUCGACUCUUCAACAACCACUCGAACCUCUAAGCAUUAGAAACUUGACUGAUCUUAGGUUCAUACUCCCUGAAGGUCGAAUCAUUCCAAUCACUGUCUAUUCAGAUCAACCCAAUGGAGGAGCGCGACCUGGUUGGUUUAAUAUCAACGACUGGAGGGACUUGAAUUAUCUUGAAGAUGAGGAUGGAUUGAGACGAAGCCGUAUUCAAAUUUCUACCAUUAUUGCUGAGCAAGUCAGAGAAUCGAAAAUGCAAAUGAACAAGAUUAUCAUCGCAGGCUUUGAUGAAGCCCCCCGCUGCAACAUUGAUGCUGACGAAGUGUUAACAUACAACGCUGCAAAAGCCGGGUUCAACUUCUUACAAAGGAUCUCACAAGCAGCUUUUGGUCGAGCAAAAUUCAACACCAUCACUGGAUUAGCACAUGGGUUUUCGGAAAAUGAAAAGAUAGCAGUAACCAAUUGGAUUGAAGGCAUUGUAGAUCAAGAUACUAGAGGAGAAUUCGAUGAUUCAUUAGAUAGUUUAGUUCAGCCUGAAAACGAGUUAGAUGAUCCUCAACAUCCAGGUCGACACUCGAUAUCUUUCAUUGUGUCCCGUUUGGAUGAUCAACAAGGACUGGAGAAUACGAGCAGAUCCAAAAUCACAUCCAGUCGAAGGAAACCGACGCUCAACAUCUUCAAAGGCAAUUGA